AUGGAAACUCGACAUUUGUCGACCGAUGUUUUUCCUCAUGAAAAAAACUUGCUCAAAUCAAUAUUUUAUCCACAAUUUGAGUCAUCAUUAAUAGAAAAAAAAUAUCAAUUAAGUUAUUUAACAAAUAUUUAUCCAACAAAUCAUCGUUUAUUAGUCAUUAUAUUAAUUAGUCAUUCUAUACUUAAGAUAUUUGAACUAUUUUAUUUAAAAUUUGAAAUAAAUUCUUCUACAAUAUUAUGUUUAUCAUUAUUAUGUUCAAGUUUAUGUUUAAAUAUUCUUUCAUUAAUAAUAAUCAAUUUUAUACGAAAUCGUUUGUUAGCAAAUAUAAUAUCAUUUAUAUGUUUAUGUCCAUUGAUAAUAUUAACUUGUUUAUAUCCAAUGGAUUGUCAUAUUUAUUUUUUAAUUAUAUUAAUAUAUACAUUACCAAAUUUUCCACUUCUCUUUUCAAUAUUAAUAUCAAUUAUAAUAACAAUACUGGCAUUACAGUUAAAAAUGCGUUUAAUACUAUUAUUAAUUAUUAAUUUAAUUGGAAUUUAUUUAAAUCGUUUAUUAGAUAUAACAAUGCAUUCAGCAUAUAAUCAAUUAUGUAAAAGUAAGUUUAAAUUAUAUGUUAAAAAGAAAAAUAAAUUAUGUUUAUUUUCUCUUGAAUCUAACUCAGAUGCUAUUGUUCGUAAUUCAUUAUUAAGUGAACAUACAUUAAUAUCAAAAAUGAUUGAUUCAUUAAUGCCACAAAAAUAUUCUAAAGAAAUCAUGGAAGAUUUUGAUGUAUUUCGUGAACGUUUACAAAAGCUUAAUUUAUCACAUAACGAUGAAGAUGAUUUACGAAGAACUAUUUUUCGUCCAUUACAUAUUGAAAGAAUGGAAAAUGUUUCAAUAUUAUUUGCUGACAUUGUUGGUUUUACUCAUAUGUCAUCAAAUAAAAGUGCAUCACAAUUAGUUUCAUUAUUAUCUGAUUUAUAUGGAAGAUUUGAUGAUUUAUGUGUUCAAAUGUCAUGUGAAAAAAUUGCAACAUUAGGAGAUUGUUAUUAUUGUGUUAGUGGUUGUCCAGAACCUUGUAAAGAUCAUGCUAAAUCUUGUCUUUUAAUGGGUUUAGCUAUGAUUAAUGCUAUUGAAGAAUUUGAUCAAGAUAAUAAUGAACAAGUUGAUAUGAGAGUUGGUGUUCAUUCGGGUUCAGUUAAUUGUGGAAUAGUUGGAACAAAGAAAUUUAAAUUUGAUAUUUUUUCAAAUGAUGUUACUUUAGCUAAUAAAAUGGAAUCAACGGGAAAACCUGGUUAUGUUCAUAUCACAGAAUCAACAUAUUUAUUAGUUAAAUCAGAUGAAUUUCAAUUUGAACAAGGUCCAUCAUUUAAAUUAACAGAAAAAGAUGAAAUAAAAACAUAUUUUAUUGGUAAAAGACGUUUAAGUCAUCGAAUAACUCGAAAACCUCCACAAAUGACAUUAGCAACUGCUGCUGCAUUUGCUGUUGCAUCAGGUGUAUCAUUAUCUGUUCCAUUAAAUGAUAAUAAUUUUCUAUCAAAUCAAACAACAAUACCAAAUGUUUCAAGUCCAUUAUUAGAAGAAGUUGAACAAGCUCGUCGUGCAACAGUAAGUGAAGAUGAUCUUGAACAAUGUUUAACAACAAAUAAUAAAGUCAAUGAAAAUAUUUUAAAUGAUAUUAAAAUUGAAAAUGAAGAAAAUCAAUUAAUUAUUCCAUUAAAUAAAUUAACAUUAAAAUAUAAAGAUAAAUCAUUAGAAAAAACAUAUUCAACGAAUAUAUUUCAAUAUAAAUUAAUUAUAAUUGAAAUCAUAUUAUCAAUUAUAACAUAUGUAAUAUUAUUAAUUUAUUUACCAAAACGUAUAUUAUCAUCAAUUAUAAUAUCAAUAUUUAUAUUAAUACAAUUAAUAUUAACAUUAUUUAUAAUACGUUAUCAUGAUAUUUAUUUAAAUAUAUCAAUAUUUAAAUAUUUAUUUUCAAUAUAUUUUUUAUUUUCACCAUUUAUUUUAAUAUUAAUUGGAACAAUCGAUCAAUAUUCAAUAACAUUUUUUGCAUUUCUUAUAUUUAUUUCAACUUAUUUAACAUUAUCACGAUCAAUAUCUCAUUUAAUUAAAAUUUUUUUUGCAAUUAUAUCAAUAUCAAUUUAUUUAACAUUUAUUUUAUUUAAAUAUGAUAUAACAAGAUCAUCAAUAGUGAACAUAAUUGUUUGUAUAUCGAUAUCAUUAAUAAUAUUAUAUGGAAUAAAUCGUCAAAUUGAAGUUGCUUGUCGUUGUCAAUAUUAUGUUGUUAAUAAAUCAUCUGAACAAAGACAUGAAAUUGAAAAAGAACGUGAAAGAGCUGAUUGGCUUUUAAGAAAUAUUUUACCUGAACAUGUUAUUGAACCAUUACGUCAAUUAGGUGGAUCAUAUUCACGUAAUCAUCCAUGUGUUGCUGUUCUUUUUGCAUCAUUAGUUAAUUUUCAUGUUAUGUAUGAAGAACAAUAUGAAGGUGGAAAAUUUUAUGCUAGAAUUUUAAAUGAAUUUUAUGGAGAUAUUGAAGAAUUAUUUCUUGAUCCAAGAUUUUCAAAUAUUGAAAAAAUUAAAACUAUUGGAGCUACAUUUAUGGCUGCUUCAGGAUUACAAACAGAGUCAAAUAAUCAAAAUUCACUUGAAUGUGUUUGUGAUCUUAUUGAAUUUGCAUUAGCAUUUCAACAAACUAUGCAUAGAUUUAAUGAAGCACUUUUAAAUUUUGCAUUUGAACUUCGAAUGGGACUUAAUUUUGGACCGGUGACAGCUGGUGUUAUUGGUACAACGAAAUUAUUUUUUGAUAUAUGGGGAGAUACAGUUAAUGUUGCUUCACGAAUGGAUUCAACUGGACAAAAAGGAGAAAUUCAAGUUCCAGAACAUGUUGCAUUUGCAUUAAAAGAUAAAUAUAUAUUUGAACGUCGUGGUGAAAUUGAUGUUAAAGGAAAAAGUCGAAUGACAACUUAUUUUCUUAAAGGAAAAUUAAAUGUAUAA